GAAGCUCAUUAAUGGCGGAAGAAGCUUGAGGAAUCUGUUCUCUCUGUUUCGCUCCCACUUUUUCCAAGAACGUCCAUUAUCCCACGACUAACCUUUCUCUUUCCCACCAACUUACUCUACUUUUACGGAUUCACCAUUCCCCAGCUUUCUCUCACCAUUACAACCGGCUUUUUCCAUUGCUUUAACUUAACUUCCUCUUCCGUAUUCGGAUUUCUGCCAUUGCCACUCUCAUUUACGCUUUCAGUGUGGGUUUAACUCUUCGGGAAAGAAGAUGGCCAAAAUUUUUGUUCAGGUGGUUGUGAUUCUGUGCUUGGGUUGGUGGUGGUGGGCUAUAAUGGUGGGCGCUGAGAAUUUGAAGUACAAAGACCCUAAGCAGCCAGUUUCGGUUCGAGUUAAGGAUCUUCUUGGCCGAAUGACUCUGGAAGAGAAAAUUGGUCAGAUGGUUCAGAUUGACAGGAGCGUUGCCAAUGCUACAGUUAUGAAAAAUUAUUUUAUUGGAAGUGUGCUAAGUGGUGGUGGAAGUGUGCCGCUGCCAGAUGCUCGUGCUCAAGAUUGGGUUGACAUGAUCAAUGAUUUCCAGAAGGGUUCUCUUUCUAGUCGAUUGGGCAUCCCAAUGAUUUAUGGCAUUGAUGCUGUUCACGGCCAUAACAACGUUUACAAUGCUACAGUAUUUCCUCAUAAUGUUGGACUGGGAGCUACCAGGAACCCUGACCUACUUCGAAGGAUUGGUGCAGCAACAGCACUAGAAGUUAGAGCCACAGGGAUUUCUUAUACCUUUGCUCCUUGCCUUGCGGUUUGUAGGGACCCGAGGUGGGGGCGGUGUUAUGAAAGCUACAGUGAGGAUCCAAAACUUGUGCAAAAUAUGACUGAGAUUAUUAUUGGUUUGCAAGGAGAGCCUCCUGCUAAUUAUCGGAAGGGGAUUCCUUAUGUUGGUGGAACGAAGAAAGUUAUCGCCUGUGCAAAGCACUUUGUUGGAGAUGGUGGGACAACUCAUGGCAUCAAUGAGAAUAACACCGUUAUUGACAGGCAUGGACUGCUCGGCGUUCACAUGCCUGCCUAUUUAGAUUCGAUCAUCAAGGGCGUUUCAUCGGUAAUGGUUUCGUAUUCUAGUUGGAAUGGAGUAAAGAUGCAUGCCAACCGUGAGCUGAUUACUCGCUUCCUCAAGGGUACCCUUAAAUUUAAGGGUUUUGUCAUCUCAGAUUGGGAGGGUCUCGACAGAAUAACUUCUACGCCGCAUUCUAAUUACACGUACUCUGUCCAAGCUGCAAUUUCAGCUGGCAUUGACAUGGUCAUGGUUCCUUACAAAUAUGUGGAGUUCAUUGAUGAUCUUACGUUGUUAGUGAAGAACAAUGUCGUAUCGAUGGAUCGAAUUGACGAUGCUGUUGCCAGAAUUUUAUCAGUCAAGUUCACAAUGGGACUUUUUGAAAGCCCCUUGGGUGAUUACAGCCUCGUCAAUGAGCUUGGGAGUCAGGCACAUAGAGACUUGGCAAGAGAUGCUGUGAGGCAGUCACUCGUACUGCUGAAGAAUGGUAAAAAUGAUAGCGAUCCGUUGCUACCCCUUUCAAAGAAGGCCCCAAAGAUCCUUGUUUCUGGUACUCAUGCUGAUAAUUUAGGAUAUCAAUGUGGUGGGUGGACAAUUGCAUGGCAAGGAUUCAGCGGCAACAAUGCUACAAGGGGAACUACCAUCCUAGCUGCCAUUAAAUCAACAGUUGAUCCGAGCACAGAGGUUGUAUUCCGUGAGGAUCCCGACAGUGACUUUGUUAAGUCGAAUGGCUUCUCAUAUGCCAUUGUCGUUAUUGGCGAAGCCCCGUAUGCCGAGACAGAAGGGGAUAGUACGACGCUUACCAUGUUAGAUCCAGGUCCAAGCAUCAUAAAAAAUGUUUGUGAGUCUGUAAAGUGUGUGGUGGUUGUCAUUUCUGGGAGGCCAAUUGUGAUGGAACCAUACGUUUCAUCCAUGGAUGCUCUUGUAGCAGCUUGGUUACCUGGGACUGAAGGCCUGGGAGUCACUGAUGCCCUCUAUGGAGACCAUGGGUUUAGUGGGAAGCUUCCAAGAACAUGGUUUAAAUCUGUAGAUCAACUGCCAAUGAACUUUGGAGAUCGACACUACGAUCCACUUUUUCCUUUGGGUUUCGGUCUCACGACUGGAUCGGUCAAGGACAUCGUUGCGAGGUCGACAUCGGCAGGAGCUCAAGCAACACCAUCCUUUAUUGCAAUGAUCGUUGCUACAAUCGCCAUUUGUGUACUACAGGUACACUUCUAGUUCUAUCUAGUAGGCAUUAGUUUGUUGCAAACUUUGGUAGCUAUUUUUAGGAAAUUUUGAGCUCUAUGAGGGUUACAAUAUCAUCAGCCUCAGAUGCUUUGCCAUUUAUUUUAGCGACUGGUUAUAUUAUGGAUUUGUAGUAGCAAAGACUUUUCAGUUCCAUUUAUAUAUUAACCUUUAUUUUCUUC